UCAAUGAAAAACCCAAUAGGGUAGCGUAAAAUAAUUUCGACCUGUUGUAAAUAUUUCGUGCUGUUAAUUUAUUUUGCAAUGAAUUUCAGGACUUCUGAAGACGAGGAAUCUUCUCUUCCAGGAAGGUUGCUACAUUUAAUAGGGAAUGUGGCCGACAACAAUUUCUGUGAUCUUCAAGUUAAAGUAAACAAAUUCCUGGAGAGAGAAAGUGGUUCCAAAUACUCUUUUAUUUUAAUGGUGUCCAGAGAUCAACAAGAUAUCUCUUGUACAGUAAUGAGUGACAAAAUAUUGGAAGAGAGAAUUUCGUUUCCUAUACAAAGCAAUAGUUUCACGACAGCAAUAAAAGAAAAACGCUCUUUAACUUUAGAUGAUAUAAAACAGGAUCAAAUAUCUGUGAUUGAGAACAGCUUAGGAUGCGUGGCUGAAUCCUUGCUGUGCGUUUCCGUCCCGAAGAAAGAAGACACCGUCUCCAUGAUCGUCUGCUUACUCAAUAAAAAAAGUUUCUGUGAAGAGGAUGAAAAACUAAUUUUAAACUCUUUUCGUCCCCUUGCACAUAUUUUACUCAGAACAGAAGCCCACGAAGAAGAGAGAAGACUAAGGGAAGAGUGUCAGUCUCUGCUCACUGUGGCUAAAAAUCUAUUCACCCAUUUAGAUGACGUAACACUUCUCCUUAGAGAAAUAAUGGCACAAGCGAGGCAUUUAACGAAAGCAGAAAGAUGUUCUUUAUUUUUAUUAGAAAAAGAAAGAAAUGAAUUAGUGGCUAAAGUUUUUGACGGAAAUGUUGCCGAAGACGGAACUGAGACAACAUCAGAAGUCAGAAUACCGGCUGAUCAAGGAAUUGCUGGAUACGUGGCCACAUCAGGUGAACUUCUGAACAUCCAUGAUGCAUACAGCCAUCCUCUCUUCUAUAGAAAAAUGGAUGAAACAACCGGUUUCAAGACAAGAAACAUACUAUGCUUUCCUAUAAAAGAUGAUAAAGAUGUAAUAGGAGUUGCGGAACUUUGCAACAAAUUGAAUGAGAGGUGUUUCUCUUCAUUCGAUGAAGAAAUUGCAAAGGCGUUUGCUAUUUACUGUGGUAUUAGUAUAAUGCAUUCGCUGAUGUGGAAGAAAGUUCGUGACGCUCAACACAGAAGUAGACUAUCAAAUGAACUCAUGAUGUAUCACAUGCAGUCAACAUCCAUACCCUAUAUUAAAUUACGCUUUUCAGAAAACAAGAGCAUACCAUUACAAAAUAUUGAAAACCGAGUUGCGGAACUUUGCAACAAAUUGAAUGAGAGGUGUUUCUCUUCAUUCGAUGAAGAAAUUGCAAAGGCGUUUGCAAUUUACUGUGGUAUUAGUAUAAUGCAUUCUCUGAUGUGGAAGAAAGUUCGUGACGCUCAACACAGAAGUAGACUAUCAAAUGAACUCAUGAUGUAUCACAUGCAGGUUCCCCCGGAAGAAGUAGUCAAACUGACUGAAAUGGUUAUACCCCGUCCAGAUGAAGAUUUUAGUAAACUUACAUUCAUUCCCAGGUCUUUGAAUGAACAGGACACCGUGUUGGCGGUCAUCAGUAUGUUCGAAGAUAUGGGAAUGAUUCAUAAAUGGAGAAUACCCAGAAAUACACUCUCAAUGUUCGUUCUGAUGGUGAAGAAGGGAUACAGGGAUCCCCCCUACCAUAAUUGGAUGCACGCAUUUGCAGUCGGACAUUUCUGCUAUCUAAUGCACAAAAAUGCUGACAUUAUGGGAAAUUAUCUAUACGAACUGGAGAGUUUGGCCCUUUUUGUAGCCUGCCUCUGUCAUGAUUUGGAUCAUAGAGGAACGAACAACAAUUUCCAAGUUGCCUCAAAAUCUGAUUUAGCUGCCCUUUACUGCUCUGAAGGUUCAGUCAUGGAAAGACACCAUUUUGCUCAAGCUAUGGCCAUUUUAAAUACAGAUGGAUGUAAUAUUUUAGAAAAUCUAUCAAGAAGGGAAUAUACUCAAUGCUUAGACAAUAUGAGAGACGUCAUACUAGCAACAGAUCUUGCGCAUCAUCUUCGAAUCAUCGAAGAUAUCGAAGCAAUGCAAACAGAGGGCUAUGACUUUAAGAAUCAGCUGCAUCAUCAACUACUUAUGUGUCUUCUAAUUACGUGUUGUGAUCUCUCCGAUCAAACAAAAGACUGGAAGAGUUCAAAAAAAAUAGCGGAACUGAUCUACAGCGAGUUCUUCUCUCAGGGAGAUCUAGAGAAAGCGAUGGGAGUUCAUCCAAGUGAAAUGAUGGACAGAGAGAAAGCAUGCAUUCCAGAACUUCAGAUAGGAUUCAUAGAGAAUAUUGUUCUGCCUGCAUACAAAAUUCUAGUGUCACUAUUUCCUAAAGUGGAGGCAACGCUGAACGCCGUACAAACAAACCGAUUAUUUUGGGAACGUAUGAGAGACGUGUACAAGCGCCGUUACAGCUGCAGCACAUCAUCCCUCGAUAUGUUCGAAGACGAGAGUUUGGAGCAAGAAGUUUUGGCAGCCCUAAAUUAUGAGUCUGACUGAACCUCAAAAAAGUGCAGAAAUCGAGUUUAUUAAUUAAUACAUCCAAAUUCGAUGGAAUAUCCAUUUGAGUUCGCGCCGCAAAAUAAAAGUAAAUAUUUGUUUUCCUCCUAACCUGACAACCGGAAUAAAUCGAUUGACUAUACUGGGAGUCUACUUGAAUUCGUGUCGAAAAAUAAAUAGUUAAAAAAAAAGAUAAAUAAUUGUUUUCUAACAACCAAAAUAAAUCAAUGGACUACUUGGAGUCUUCAAUUAAGUUUGUACCCCACGGGGCUCAUUUGCCAAAGAUCAGAAGCCUCGUCGAACGAAGCUGACGAUCGCCAUCAAAGCGGACAAAAUGGCCCCGAGUCACGCACGACUAAAAUCCCCACAAACAUGGCGGUGAGCAGAUGAAACUUGUCAAGCCCCUAAUGCUGACUUACGCAGGGAAGCAAACCGACUGCAAAAGCAUCAAAAUUGUUUCAAAAAUACAAAAUUCAGCUCAAAUUGGAGCUCCAUGGAUGCCUCACAAAAGAUAGGGAAUUCAAAUUCAGAAUAUAAAUAAAUGACCAACAGGACGGGAAAUCCUAUGACAUUGAAGACUCAUUUUCAUGACUCAUCUGGACUCGUUAUCCGGACUCAUUAUCCAGCACAUUAUCCGGCUCGUCAUAAGCCUCAUUAUCCGGCUUCUAAACUGUUUUAGGACCUUCUGCUCACCUGGCAAUCUCUUCUUUUUAAUAAAAAGCAUCAGCUAGCCAAACCGAUUGCAUGUGCUCAAAUGUCUGCUUUUAGGGGUUUUCCUCCCCCUCUCUUUUCACUUCCACCCGCCAUGGCUUGCAAAAAAUCCAAAUCAAGAGAAAUUUGGUAGGAAAAUGUAAACUUAAAUCAAAUUAAAUGUGUUUUGCUUUGUGGAAAACUGACUAGGCCCCCUAUGCCCUCCCGAAGGAGUUCAGCCCUGCACCACGAUGAGAUGAGGGUCAGAAAAUGUGGUAUUUCUGGAUAUAAAUAUAGAAUGUUUCUGACUGCUCCUCGUAGAGGUGAAGUCACUGGGACGCUGCCACCUCUCUGGAAGGAAUCUUUUACCUCUAACUUCUCACAAAAGUUUAAAUCUCUAUGUUAGUACGACAGUCAGGGACGAGAGGGAAAUAAAUAAAGUAAAAUAAAAUAAAUAAUUAUUUUCCUCGUAGCCUGGCAACCGAAAUCAAUCAUUUUACUACUGGGAGUCGCCAUUUGAAUUUGUGCUGCAAGUAUUCUUGAAGUUUUUUUUUUUGUACUCUUUACAAAGUAGUACCUACAAGGCACUGUAUGGUAAUUCUAACUAACGAAGGAUAAAUGGAGAAAAAAAAUUCAAUACUGUGCAUAAUGAAUUUUUUUGACAUUCGAUUAAUAAUUAUUAAGCUCGAUUUUUGCAAUCUUUUUCGUAAUUGCUUUCGAAAUCCAAGUUUUUUUCAUGAAAUUUCAUUUACCGCUCUGAAAUUGUAUAUCCGUCUUUCAUAUAAGGCGAGUCUAACAAUUUUGGGUGAAUGAAAGCAUCAAACAGAACGUGAAAGAAUUUAAAAACUGGAGAAAUUGCGCACAACGAGCACCGGAGGUGUCAAAGAGUACUGUACGCUCGCUGCGAUUCCAGGUAUUUGUACAAAAGCAGUACUACAGUCUGUAUUUGAAAAAACAAACUGAUUGAUACGAAUUCCUGGGAUAAAACAUGGCUGUUAUGUUCCGUUUAUUAUAAUGCAAGUGCCUGAAUUUUCAUAGCCCUUAAUCAUCUAUGGAAUAAAAGUGUAUAAAAUAUUUAUAAUUGAAUGAUUUCUUGGCUAAUUAUGCGUACUGGGAUGGUUGUUUCUAGAAAAGGUCAAAAUUUUUAAAUAAAAAGCCGUCAAGAUAGUUGGAUAGGAGCAUUGUUUAUAGAGAUUGCACAGUGUUUAGAGCAGCCACGAAAAAUUGGACAAACUAUGGCAACUAUUUAAGAUUCAUAAUUCCGCAACCGUAAUUUGUUUCUGCUAUAAUUAAAAUUCUUUCAUUUUUCUCGUUUCUUAAAUCAAUAAGUGGAAGUAUUUGAUUCUAACAGUAUGAUAGUGAUUUACAAAAACCUUGCAACAAUUUCAUUUAAGUGCAAUUGUUUUUAUUAACUACUUAAUUGUAGCUAUUGGUAAUAACAAUCUCUCCUACCCCUGUGUGCAUUGUCUCCUUCUCCGUCAGGAGACAUUGAGAAAAAGAAUUUUUUGCGGUUUCAUUGCAGUCUUUGUUUAAAAUGAAAAUAUAAAAGCAAAAUAAUAAUGAAAAUGUCUGGAAAACAGACGUAGUUCGUUCAGUGAAAAAAUAAUAUUUACUAUUUCUAACUAUUUUGUUGAAUGAUGUGCAAGCUCUCCUAGUUCUACCUUAUCUUUAUUCCAAGUAACUUAAUCAGUUAUUUACAAAUACACUUUUGACCAUCGUCCGGAGCCUCAAGUUAUUCGAUCCAUUGAUUUAUGUUCGCACUAAGAGUUGACGUUAUUUCUUCUCUAUCAGUCGCAUGAGUUUCUGUUACGCCUAAUUUUUGACAUUCUUUUCCCAUUUCAAAUAAACAAGAAUUUAACUGUUAAACGAGACUAAAUAUGAAUAUUUGCCUCCAACUUUGUUAGAAAUCAUGCUUGUUGCUCUCCAAGCAGGAACUCUUUUCCUGGCUUCAAACAAAACUUGAGACAAAUAUUUAUAAAGACAUGUAAGGAAGCUAUCAUCGCAAUUACUGUUUCAUACUCAUUGGUAAAAAGUAUAGAGAAAAAUAAACCUAUAAAAAGCAAUGAAGUUCCAAAUGCUUAAAAAAAAAAAUUUCAAAAUAUAAAAAUACGAAAAAAAAGAAAAAUCGGUACUUUGGGAUUGUCCCGUCGACUAUUUUUGUACUUUGAGUUAACCCCGUCGACCAUUUUCGUAUUUUGAGAUUAUCCCGUCGACCUUUUUCGACCAUUUUUGCCAAAUCCGAUAUUAUCGCCAAAAGGUAGCUUCUACGCUAAUAACUGCAAAUUUUAUGUUAUUUACUGUGUAAUCCUUGACAACACGAGUUAGUUUUCUUUAUGUUGAAAUGUACUGUUUUUUUUUUUUUUUUUAUUCCACUACAAAAUGAUUGCACGGGAUAGUGACUUGUUUGUUGUGCUUUAAAAGCUAUCAAGGAUUUUUAGCCGCCGAAAUUAUUUAUAAUAAUAUAUAUGGUUAGAUUCAAGAAUUAUUCAAUGAGUAAUUAUAAAAAAAAAUAGAGGUUUUCACUUUGCUUUGAUUCUUUUUAUUACACUUUUUUAUUACGUUUUUUACACUUACAUUUUUUUUUUGUUGUUAUUAUUAUUUUAUGAUUAUUAUUUGAUAAAUUUAAUAUGUUUAGAAUGUUUAUUUUGGAAGUUGCUUUUCAUCAUAAUGGUGCCAAAAGACUUGCUCAUUUUCGCUUGCGUUGACAGGUCGACGGAAUAAUCUCAAAGUACCAAAAACUCAUUGGCAGAUCCCACUGUAAUCCUACACUAGUUUGCAUUUUGGCAUUUUAAAAAUUUAUGUAUUUGAAAUAAUUUUUUCCAUACAGUAAUUUUUCGCACACGUCGUUUGUACCUGUCUUACCAUUGCUUUUGAGAUUCACCCAAAAUUUUAGACCGAUCUUGUAUGACUACUGCACACUUAAGCUAUAUAGUUUUUAUUAUUGUAUUGAAAAGUAUUCGCUUCUGUUAUGUGUUGCCCAUUGAAAACUCUGCAAAUUCAUUUAAGCAAUGUAUUAAAAAAAAGAGAGACUGGUUUAAAAUUUUUUAUUUGACAUUUUUAGCUAAAGUUCUAUGUUGAAGUUGAACAGACAUUAUGACUUAAAUU